GGCGGCGCCUGGCUGUGUGUACCUGAGCUGCACACUGAGCGCUGGCAGCCGGGGAUAUGCUGGGGCUGGGGUCCGGAGGGGCGGCCAAGUCCCCCAAGCAGCCGUCAUUUGUGUCGUAUUUAACUCCUGAGGAGAUUGAUGUCAAAGAGAAGGUGGAGCAAAUAGAGAAGGUCGAUGAUGUUCUGCUAUUACCAGGUGAGAUGCUCCUCUGUGAAGCCAGCAACAUAUUGAAGGUCUCCCAGGACGAAACUUCCCAGCGAGGCAUCUGUGGAAGACUGAUCUGCACCAACUUCAAGAUCACCUUCCGGUGUGAGGAGGGCGCUGAAGAAAAUGUUCCAGAAUUCAAAAACAAAAUUGUGGGUGAGAACGACAUCACUUUGCAGUGCGUGGACCAGCUCUAUGCAGUGUAUGAUGACAAGAAGAAGGUUCUAAUAUCCGGGGCUCCGCUGAAGAAGUACCCCGAGAGGCUGAUCAUCAACUGUAAAGACUUCAGAGUGUUCCACUUCUGUCUCCGCUACGCCAAAGAGGAUGAAGUGAACCGGAUUGUCAAUGGGAUCAUUCAUCACACCCUUAGCCCAAAACGUUUGAAGCUGAUUUUCCUUUUUUCAUACACAGAAGCUGUCCCCUGUUACAAAGCCACAAGUGCCAAGGAUCUGACUUUGCUGUUUGAGAAUCACGAGGAUUGGCGUAAGGAGGUAGACCGUACCAAGGGGAAUCUAUGUUACAAGGUUUUAUCCAUCAAUCAGAUGUACAAAGUCUCAGACAGGUUACCUCCAUACUUUGUCGUCCCCGUGUCACUGUCAGACGAGAGCGUGUAUAAAUUCCAGGGCAGAGGGAUUCCUAUUUGGUGCUGGUCCUCUCCGCAUAGUGCAGCCUUGUUUAAAAUGGCCUCCCUCCCUAAAGAAGUAGACGAAUCCUCCAUACAGGAGCAGAGAGCCUUCCUGGACAGCGUGGAGAAGACCCUUCACAGGCCCCCCUUGGAGGAAGUAAGAAUUGAGGAUUUAGCCGUCACUCUCCCCUCCCUCUCUGAAAUCCUGGUGGCCUACACUCGCUUUAAGCAACUGUUUCUAAUAGAUAAUUCCACUGAGUUCUGGGACACGGACUCAAAGUGGUUUUCGUUACUGCACACGAGCAAUUGGCUUGAAAUUGUAAGACAGUGCCUCAAGAAAUCAAUAGAAGUGAUCGAAUAUUUGGAAAGCCAAAGAAUUAAUGUUGUCCUCAAAGAGGACACGGCCUCCGACUUCUGCUGUGUAAUCUCCAGUCUGGUGCAGAUCAUGAUGGAUCCGCAUUACCGCACCAGAUACGGCUUCCAGAGCCUUAUUCAGAAGGAGUGGGUUAUGGGAGGACAUAGUUUUCUGGAUAGAUGCAACCAUCUUCGGAACAACGAGGGUGAGUCUCCCAUCUUCUUGCUCUUCCUGGACUGCGUUUGGCAGCUUGUCCAUCAGUACCCACUUGCCUUUGAGUUCUCAGAGACGUACCUGACGGUCCUGUCAGAUAGCAUCAAUAUACCGAUCUUCAGCACUUUCUUCUUCAAUUCACCCCAUCAAAAAGAGUCGCAUAAGUGGGUUGAGGACAGCAGCGGCAGACAAAGCAGCUCUUUGAGUUUUUACUCCGUCUGGGACUGGUCGGUGCAGUUUGAAUUUAAAGCUCUGACGUUUCUAAGCAAUCCCCUGUACAUGGAGAAAUCCAAGCAAGAGAAAAGCCGCAAAGGAGUACGUUCUAAGCAUCACAGGCAGUUAUCUCUGCCUCUUACCCAGCCAAAAUCUUCAAAUAAGAGAGGAUUCUUCAAAGAGGAACCUGGACCUUUUAUAAAAAGUCUACUCGGUAAAAGAAUUAGCAAAUUAAUAAGUGCAUCAGAUGAAGUGCCAAGUAAUUACCAGGUCUUCUAUGAGAAUUGGCACAGAAAACCAGUAGACUAUCAAGGCUUGAUCCUGCCGCAUAUCGAGGGGCCUGAUAUCUGCAUCUGGGCCCAGCGACACUUGCGUUGGAUCCCGGAAGCUCAGGUUCUCGGUGGUGGAAAUGUGGCUGCCACACAGAAGGUGUUGGAGCUCUUAGAUGAAAUUCAGUGUCUUAAGAAUGAAUUGAACGAGAGACCAAUAUUGCCCUAUCGAGCCUCCAAGGAGAAUGACCUGGACAGUAGACGAAAAAAGUCUGUCCGCCGAUCCUCGCUGUUCCCUUUUGCUCAUUUCCAUAUGAACUGUAUUAGACCUGCUAUAUCUACUACCACGUGGAGGAGCUGGGAAGCAGGGGAUGAACUUGUCAACCGGGAUGAUGAGGAAUUUGAACUGGGCACUAUAUGAUUGAUGUAAUCUCUCUAGAUUUGAUUUAAUAAGAUAGAUAUAUAUGUAUACUGUUAUAUCACUGGCAGCUACCCACGUGCUGCUCACCAAAUGUAUAAUUUAUUUCUAUAGGUUUUGUAUUAUUUCAGGCAUUCCUAGACAAUCAUUUUUAGGUUAAGAACCUAAUGUCUUGUUUACAAAGCAAGUAAAAUAUGAACCGUUCACAAGGAACAAACUAGAAGUCUUUCUUGCAGAAAGAAUAUACAAGGAAAAAAAUAAAAACAAUAAGGACCAAACUAACCUUCCCAUCACAAUCCCAAAAAAAGAGAGAAUUUCUCUUUAAAGUUAAGUAUAGCACAGCAUAAGAGGAGACUUAAAUUACUGCAUUCCUUUACUUUCUCCCUGCUGAUGUCAGCUGCAGGAGCAUAUAGGGGGAAAGCGAUAGCUAGCUGAAAUAACUUGAAUAUCUUGCCCAAACAUGGAAUUACAAGCUGUCUGUGUGUCUGAAGAGGACAAUUGCCAGCUAAUAAAGUCCUGUGAUUACAGCAGCCUCGAGUAGUGUUUGACUGUACAAACAAUGGUGGGGGGGGGGGGUUGUCAAAUAUGAUAUGAGCUAGUAGGUAUCUGUAACAUGGGAGACAUGUUACAGAAAAUAUCAUCCUUUUCCCAUCAGCUCUUUCAUAGUUUAUGGGAUAUGAACCCAUGUCCAUAUGCUCCAUUAGAUCCCUCAGCUCAAGACCGUCUUUGAGCCAGAAUGGAGAUGCACUAACAGUGUCUCUUACUCUGGCAGACUCUGCUAUAAUAAUAUAAUCCUACACUUUUUAGCAUAAAUUCAAUGUAAAAAAAGGUUUACUGAGCAACCUCCCUCAGACAAAAGCAGCUGUUUCCCUGGGGUCUUGGCAGCCUGACCUGCUUUUAUAUUAAAGGGGCUGUCUGUGAUGAGAUAACUUCUUUUAAAGGGGUUGUCCAGGAUUAGGAAAACAUGGCUGCUUUUUUUUCUUCCAAAAAACAGCACCACCCCUGUCUGUGGGUUUUACUGCUAUUGCAGCUCCGUUCCACUGGAGCCAAUGGGGCAGACCUGCAAUACCGCACACAAUCUGUGGACAGGGGUGGUGCUGUUUUUGGAAGAAAGCAGCCAUGUUUUUUCUAAUUGUGUACAACCCCUUUAAGGCUUUGUGGAAAGGUUAUGACUCCGUAUGGGUGCCAUUGUCACCUAGCUUCUCAGUAUGACUGCAUCAUAAACAGGUUUUUGCCAUUCGAGAGGCUGGAAAAGCGGAGUUAGAACCCCUACAAUGUACAAUUAUACAUGGUAAUGGUGGUUAUCGGUCAGGGGUGUUAUGCUUGAGUAUCUUUUUUUUUUUGCUCAGUUUUUUUUUUUCCAUUCCUUAAUUUAUAUUAAUAUGGCGGACACAAGUCUAAG